AUGAAGGCUUUUAUUUGUUUAUUGUUAACGAUAGCUGCUGCUAAUGCCGGUUUUCUAGGAGGCGGAGGUGCAGGUCAUGGUGGAGGUCAUGCUAUAGGCCAUGGUGGAGGCCAUGGUGGAGGCCACGGAGGAGGUUUCGCAGGAGGACAUGGUGGUGGUCAUGGCGGACAUGGUGGACAUGGUGGUGGAUUUGCUGCUGGUGGUCAUGGUGGUGGAUUUGGAGCUGGUGGACAUAGUGGUGGAUUUGCUACCGGUGGUCAUGGUGGUGGAUUUGGAGCUGGCGGACAUGGUGGACAUGGCGGUGGAUUUGCUGCCGGUGGUCAUGGUGGUGGAUUUGGAGCCGGUGGCCAUGGGCACGCUGGACAUAGUAGUGGAUUCGCUGCCGGUGGUCAUGGUGGUGGAUUUGGAGCCGGCGGUCAUGGAGGUGGUUUUGCUGGAGGACACGGUCAUGGUCAUGGUGGUGGCGAUUUAGAUGUUGGUUUACUUGCUGCUAUUCUUACUUCAGUUGGUGGUUCUCAUGGUGGUGGACAUGGUGGAGGACAUGGACAUGCUGGUGGACAUGGACAUGCUGGUGGACAUGGACAUGCUGGUCAUGUUGCUCAUGGUUCAUCUGGUGGUGGCUAUGCCUAUGGAGGUGGAAAUGGGGGCUGGGGAAAAUAA